ACUCAUGGCUCAUCCAAUUCGGCAACCUCAUGCUGCGCACGUGCCGAUGUCUCCGUGAUGGGACGACUCGGCACACUCUAGUAAACCGAUCGCUUCGAGCUCCUCCACCCGCUUCCUUCGUUAGGCGUCGAUGGACGAGCCGCCGUAUCGCCCGCCGAUUUCCAGUACUUUUAGGUCAUUUUGACCCUAGGUUUCGAAGGAUGUAAUUGCGGGUUAAAUUAGGCUGGGAGAAGGGUGUUUUGGGCUUCGCCUGGUUGCGAUUGUCUACAAAAUUCAUCUUUGAUUGGGGAAAAAGAGUUGCGUCGAUAUAUUUGGUUUCUGGAUUCACCUUCAAGUAGUUGGCAAAGUCUGCAGCUAUUCAGAGGUGCAUAAUUUUGUUUUAGCAUUUUUAUUGGAAGCCCUAGCGAGCGCUUGGUACUGAACGAAGAUUUCAUUUGAAUGACAAGUGAAAUCCAUUAUUUACAUUCUCAUAUCGGAGGACUGGAAUGAAGAUGAAAUCUUUUUCUAUUUUGCAAAAAUUGUUCUUCUAUUUUUCUUUUGAGCCAUUCAUUCUUGGAGCCACAGUUGUAAAAUUGAACUACAAAGUUAACCUGACUGAGCUCCAUAUGACUAGUUCAGUGGUCAGACUGGUGGAUCAAUUCAUCGCACUGCAUAUUGACUCGGGCAUAGCGAGACCAAUCUAGGUCAAUCAGUUAAAUAGUAAACCUCUUAAUUUUAUUGAUGAACUAUACAUUUGGGUAAUGACAAUGAUGAAUUCAAAUCGUUGAAGCCGGGCUCUAGAGGGUGAUAAUGGUUGGCAACAUGAUUUGAAGAAUUGAGGGAUGGAGGGCUAGUGGUGUGAGAGAUAAGACAUGAGAGGAGUUUUGUAGGGUUUGUUCCAUUGAAUUUUAUUUUUCAUAAAAAGUGAAAUAAUUGAUUACAUUCGUGAUGUUUUUUCUUUUUUUACAGAUUAUCUCAUCUUUGUGUGUAUGAAAUUUAUGUUUAUUAGUAUCAUUUGAUCUUGUCGUUGCGAAGAGGAAGGAUCCUGAUUUACAAAGAUGGUUCUUAGAUAUUGUAGGUCUGUUUUCCAGUUUCCUAAGAUACUGUUGUUCCACUCAAUAUUUUAGGAACAGCUCGUCGGUUGCAUCGUUGAAUUUUCCUCUACUAAUGAAUGAAAUCAUUAAGUUCUUGUUGAGGUAAUUCUGCAAUUGACUAUUAUUGGUUUAUCAACCGUUAGGAACUGGCUCUAGUCCCAGUAGGAAACAUGGCCUGAGUUAGUCUAAGUAGGAUGGAAUUCGAACGAGUUUGAUCAGAUCAACUGGGUUUUCCCAAAGUGAUCCUGGUUCUGGGUUGAAUGUGAUGAGUGAGGGUGUUGAGUUGAACUAGUAUGUUUCAGUCAGUAGUCUCAGGGGAUAAAGGCUUGGGGUGUGAUAAUGGAUUGAGAUUGACAAUGGAGCUUGGGGUAAAUGGCAUGAUUUGUGGAUCGAAGUGGAGUUAAGAUAAGAGAGGUUACAGUUUAUGAUGCCCCAAAGUGAGGUUAACCCAGUUGCCUCGCAUGUUGUGUGUUGUCCAAGAUCCCCAAAAUAGUUGCAGUCUUACUCCGUGAGAGUAAGUGCCCUUCGAAUGACUUUAUAGUAGGUAUCGUUUGGCCACCGAUUCGUUUUACUUGGUGGUUCUUUUACCCACUUUAGGUCCAUUCGGUUAGAGUGCAAGUAUCAAAUAAUUUUUGUGGAGGACAGAUGAAUCUGGAGUUCAUCGCAGAUACUGAUUUUUUUUCCCCUUGUUACACUACUUUUGCGCUGUUCAUGUUCCUUUUCAACUCCCACUCCAGCAAGGACAUUUUCACUGAUGACUUCAAGGUGAACAAGAAAAGAAAAUUGCAGCAUGAUCUUGAGAACUCACCUUUGCCAUUUCCUAAGCACAAGUUCAGUGAUCAGUUCAGGAGCUGCGGUCCUUCAGGCACCAAAGAGACGAACGAUGCAUGUAACUGGAUCAAUGCGGCAGCUGCUAAGGAACCAAUGGAUUAUGGAUCAGAAGAACCGGGAGAGUCCCACCACGAUAGUAACAGUGUGGAUGAAGGCUACGACACUAGCCACACCACCAUGACACUAGACAUUGACGAAGCCGAGGAGCCAUUUGAGAGAAUGGAUUCACCUUCCGUGUCUAGUUAUUUGAAGAACAACAUCAAUCAAAAUGACAACCUUGAUUCUUUUGCCAUCCAACAUAUUGAGGAUGUCGAACAACUUGAUCACGAUGCCGAAAAUGAAGAUCUGCUAAUCUAUUCCAACGAUGUGGCACCGCACGCAUUCAUAGUUUCAUCGAGAAGAUUGAUAGAUGGAAAUGAUGCUCGAUCGAAGACAAAGAAACCAACAAUCGAUAAAGAAUUCGAGCAAUAUUUUUCCAUGCUGAUGCUUUAACAAGGAGGAUCGCCGGCAACCUAUCACGUUUCUUUCUUGAAUAAAUAUGUUAUUGUAAUCUUAAGGAGAGUGACACUGGCAUCGUGAUAUUGUAGAAAUUGAUGCAGCCCGUGUAAUUCCGGACGGGUAGUCACUUCCAAUUAGAGGCCGUGUAUUGGGUCGGAACGUCGAACCCCACCCGGGCCUAUUUCUCUUAUACACAUGGUCAUUGUCAUUUCCAGUUUACAAAGGAAAACCGUUGAGGGAUCUUCCCCGGCAUUGACCUUAGGGAUUCAAAUCUUCUGUCCUUAAUAUCACAUGUCCCCGUGUUCUACUCAUCGCCCCCAACUCACUGUCAGCGAUCUCCGACCGCUGCCUCGAUCAAUACUAUAACUCUCGGGGAAGGUGAAUUCAAGGGAAUCGUCAUCGGCACGAUCGGCGUUGGAAUUCAGUCGGAUCUAAGUAAAUUUUCUUCUACCGUCGAUCUAAGCUCCUACUCUGAUCCGGUCGGAUUUCGACGUCGAUCGUGCCGAUGACGAUCUCCUUGGGUUCACCUUUCCUAAGAAUUAUAGUAUUGAUCGAGGCGGCGGUCGAAGGCUGCUGACGGUAGAUUGGGACGAUGUGUGAGACACGGGGGAUGGAGAUUUGGGAACAGAGAAUUUGAUUUCCGACCUCAGACAUCUCCUAACAUCCUCACCAAGUGGGUUAUUCUAAGUGAUAGCUGACUAAUGACUUGACAAUGUAAGUGGGUUAUUCUAAAGGUCAUGCCUGGCUAAUGACUCUGACAAUGUCUGAAGUACGCUCCAUCUCCACGCGCACAGCUAAUCUAUAUGCGGUGCUUCACACGUGCGAUCGCCUAAAUGGAGCUCAGGGCAUAUGUGGCGGGCCAGGUUACAAACCCAAUUUUUUUCAAAAAAAAAAAAAUCCUGUUUCAUAAAUUCGUAAAGUUUCAAUUAGAGAUUAUGGGAAUGAAAUGGGCCUUUCCGUUGAAUCAAUCGUCCCUGAAGGGCUAGAUCGCAAAAUUGAGACGCCAGCUUAUGCAUUUCAAUUCCGUCGUGCUGUUGACUGGCUAUUGGACGUCAGUCUCUGUGAUUGGAGGUCUGUUCCAUGUCCGGAGGUGAGAUCCAUCGCUUCCGGAUCUGGUGGAGGCGGCGGUGGGGCCCGGAACGACGCGCCACCUUCAGCUGGCUCCUUGCUGCCGUCUUCGUCGUACUCUUCCUCGCCGCCGGUUCCCGGAUCGGCGACAAUGUUCUCAGCGGCCCGACGACGACGUCGUCCUCGUCUGCACCCCUCGUCGAUCUCACCAUAGUUCACAGCGCCGGGGCGAAGGGAGCUUUAUGUUUGGAUGGGAGUCCGCCCGCGUAUCAUCUCUUGAGAGGUUUCGGCUCUGGGUCAGACAAAUGGCUCGUACACUUGGAGGGUGGAGGUUGGUGUCAGUCUUUGGAUUCUUGUUCUUUCAGGAAAUCCACACCACUAGGUUCAUCAUACUACAUGGAACGGCAGGUUCCCUUUAUGGGCAUUCUGAGUAACAUUCCAUCACAAAAUCCUGAUUUUUAUAACUGGAACAAAGUCAAAGUACGGUACUGUGAUGGUGCCUCAUUUUCUGGGUAUAGAGAAAAUGAGGUGCAGGAUGGAACAAAACUUUUCUUUAGAGGACAACGUAUAUGGGAAACAAUUAUGGACGAACUCUUACAGAAAGGACUUGCAAAUGCUAAACAGGCUCUCCUCACAGGAUGUUCUGCUGGUGGUCUUGCUACUUUUAUUCAUUGCGAUGAUUUUCAAGCCCUUCUUCCUAAUGUGGCUACUGUCAAAUGUUUUGCAGAUGGUGGUUUUUUUCUCAAUGAGAAGGAUAUAUCUGGGAGAAGGUCCAUUAAGUCAUUUUAUAGCAAUGUGGUCCAACUUCAGGAUGUAGGAAAUAGAUUUCCAGAUUGUGUCUCUAGGACGGAACCAUCUCAGUGUUUCUUUGCAGAGGAGAUUAUUAAGAAUGUGAAGACACCAUUUUUCAUCCUCAAUCCGACAUAUGACUUCUGGCAGAUACAACACAUAUUGGUGCCAGCUGAAUCAGAUCCUGAGCAUGCAUGGCUAAGAUGCAAGCUGAACAUUCGACAUUGUGAUUCCAACCAGCUAAAAACACUGCAAGGAUUUAGGGAUGCCAUGCUCAGUUCCUUGAGUGAGUUUAAGCAGAAGAAAAAUGGAGGAAUGUUUAUUAAUUCCUGCUUUGUCCACUGUCAAUCUCUCUACAAUCAAACAUGGCAUUCACCAAAUUCACCACGUAUUAACAAUAAGACAAUCUCCGAGGCUGUGGGAGACUGGUUCUUCGAUCGAAAAGAAACGAAAGAAAUCGACUGCCCGUACCCUUGCAAUCCUACAUGUUACCAUAUGAAUCUUUCUCAACUUUCCAAGUCGUAGGUUUUGCUGCUAAUUGUUGAAUGCUUGUUAUUUCGGUGAAUCUCGAUUCACUGCCUUGGCGUGUUUGAUUUUCCCUCUUCUUUUUGUCAGUGCAUCAACUACCGCUAUGUAAUGGUGACGUCUCUAGUGUAUGCUAAUAAAAUUACGAUAAUCAUCCAA